AUGGGCUUUGGCAAUACCAAAAAAUGGUUCAUCACCAUUACUGUGGCCGUCGCAACCCUUGCCGUGUCUCUUGUUUCCUCAGCAUACACGGGGGGGAUGAAGCAAAUCAUCAUCGAGUUUGGUGCCAGCCAAGAAGUUGCAACUCUCGGCGUCUCGUUGUUUGUUCUCGGCUUCGCCGUUGGGCCGCUGCUCUGGGCGCCCCUGAGCGAGCUCUUUGGGCGGCAAAUUCUCUUCGUGGCCACUUAUGCCUGCCUCACUGCCUUCAACGCUGGCUGCGCGGGCGCUCAGAACAUCUGGACGCUUUGCAUUCUGCGUUUCUUUGCGGGUGCUUUUGGCUCGUCCCCUCUUACAAACGCCGGGGGAACCAUUGCUGACAUGUUUGAGCCGGCUCAGCGAGGUGUAGCUACAGCCAUCUUCGCCGCCGCCCCUUUCCUCGGCCCAGUUCUUGGUCCUAUUGUCGGUGGAUUCUUGGGCAUGGACGCGGGCUGGCGCUGGGUCAUGGGCUUGCUGGCUGCCUUCUCUGGACUCGUGUGGAUUCUGGGCGCUCUUCUCGUUCCCGAAACAUAUGCCCCCGUCAUCCUCCGUCAAAGAGCCGCCAAGCUAUCCAAGAUGACGGGCAAACACUAUGUCAGCAAGCUGGACCACGAUAGAGGCCGGGUUACCUUUGCCGAGUCCUUCAAGUCUGCGCUUUUGCGUCCUUGGAUACUGCUAUUCAAAGAACCGAUUGUCUUGCUUCUCUCGAUUUACAUGGCCGUCGUGUACGGCACACUAUACAUGCUCUUCGGUGCAUUCCCCAUCGUUUACCAGCAACAUCGUGGAUGGAACCAAGGCAUCGGAGGUUUGGCUUUCCUGGGAAUCAUGGUGGGAAUGCUUGCUGCCACAGCCUUUACUUUUCCUCUGAACGCGCGGUAUAUCGAAACGCAGCGCAAGUACGGCGGUCACGCACCACCCGAAGCCCGCUUGCCUGGCACACUUAUUGGAUCCAUCGCACUGCCUGUUGGCUUAUUCUGGUUUGCGUGGACGAAUUCCAGCUCGGUUCACUGGAUUGUCAGUAUUCUUGCGGGGGUACCCUUCGGUUUCGGCAUGGUUCUGGUGUUCCUGAGUAUCAUGAACUAUCUUAUUGACUCCUACACGAUUUUCGCAGCGUCUGUUUUGGCAGCCAACUCUGUCUUGCGUUCUCUAUUUGGGGCCGCCUUCCCGUUGUUCGUAGGACAGAUGUAUAACAACUUGGGAAUUCACUGGGCAUCUACUAUUCCGGCGUUCCUUGCUCUGGCCUGCGUGCCAUUCCCGUUUCUGUUCUACAAGUACGGUGCUUCUAUUCGGGCAAGGUGCAAGUUUGCUGCCCAGUCCGCUGCCUUCAUGGAGAAACUACGUCAACAAACUCCUGCCGCAUCUGCCGCCACGGAGAAAACUGAUGGUGACGACUCCGAGACUGGUGCCGAUCUCUCGAGCGACGAGGAAACCGAGACGGGCGAGGAAGGGACGGCAUAUUCCCCCAUCAAGGCGGCCCGAUCUCAUGCUUCAAUGCAUGGUCAAGCGGCUGCCGACACGUCACUAUACGAUGGUAAUCCAUAUAAUAUUGACCGAGUCAACAGUAACCACUCAUUCGCCAGUCACAAAUAA